AUGAACCUCAGCUGCCUCCAGAGCGCGGGGAGCCACGGGACUCAAGUAAAAGAGGUGCGGCUGCUGCCAUCUGGGGCCCGGGAGAAAGCGAGAGGCCUGCUGCUAAGGAGGCCUGCCACGAAGGAGAGCUAUCUGGACUCAGUGGGCCAACAGAAUCUAACACAAUUGUCUGAAUUCAUUCUGAUGGGAGUCACAAGGCAGCCUGAGCUGCAGGUUCCACUUUUCCUGGUCUUCCUCACCAUCUACACCGUCACAGUGGUAGGCAACCUGGGCAUGAUCCUUUUAACCCAGGUGGACUCCCACCUACACACACCUAUGUAUUUUUUUAUCAAACACCUGGCUCUCAUUGAUCUUGGUAAUUCUACUGUUAUUUGUCCGAAGAUGCUGGUAAAUUUUAUUGUGGAUCAAAAUGUCAUUUCAUAUUACGCAUGUGCCACCCAGUUGGCUUUCUUCCUUAUGUUUAUUAUCAGUGAAUUUUUCAUCUUGUCUGCCAUGGCCUAUGACCGCUGUUCCGCCAUCUGUAACCCUUUGCUCUACAAUGUGAUUAUGUCCCAGAGACGCUGUCAUGUGUUGGUGGGCAUCCCGUACCUCUACGGUAGCUUUCAGGCUCUUCUGUUCACUAUUAAGAUUUUUACACUGACCUUUUGUGGCUCUAAUGUCAUAAAUCAUUUCUACUGUGAUGAUGUUCCCUUGAUACUUUUGCUCUGCUCAAAUGCACAAGAAAUAGAAUUCUUGAUCAUACUAUUUUCAGCAUUUAAUUUGCUCUCCUCCCUGCUGGUAGUUUUGGUAUCCUACACUCUGAUUCUGAUCACCAUAUUUCGCAUGCAUUCUGCAGAGGGCAGGAGAAAAGCUUUUUCCACAUGUGGUUCUCACCUGACAGUGGUGGUUAUAUUCUAUGGGUCCCUACUAUUUAUGUACACACAGCCCAAAUCCGCUCACUCCUUUGAUACUGAUAAAAUCGCCUCUGUGUUCUACACUUUAGUGAUCCCUAUGCUUAAUCCCUUGAUAUACAGCUUAAGGAACAAAGAGGUAAAAAAUGCCUUCCAUAGGGUUUUUAAGAAUCCAUGCAAACUUUGUAUUUAA